AUGCGUCACUUGGCAUUCUUAGCCUUAUUGGUUAAUAGCCUCGUUUUGGGGCUUAAAGUCCCGCUCGUCUCCUCUGCUCGUAAGCUGACGGAGACUGGUGUCAAGGUCCCAAGCACUGAUGAUUGGACCGAGAGAGCAAACAGGGAGGGUCGGAGCCUCUGCAUUCUUGACCCGCGCGCUGACGGUGGAGAUGACGCGUCGACGAUAUCAGAAGCACUCAAUACGAGAUGCCGAACUAAGAGCAUAAUAGUCCUGCCCGGGCCGGUCUACCAUAUCAACUCACCCAUGGUCACCACCGACCUUGAGGAUGUGGUUAUCGACCAGCGUGGCAGGCUCCUCUGGAGCAACGACACCACGUAUUGGCUCUCGGUGUCGAUGCCCGUGGGCUUCCAAAACCAGAGCACCGUAUGGCAUUUUGGGGGGGAUCGAGUCGUCUGGGAAGGCCACGGCGUCGGUACGCUUGACGGCAACGGACAGGCAUGGUACGACCUGAAUAAGGGCGGCUCCAACAUGCCUCAUCGUCCGAUGAACAUCAACUUUCGCGGCUUCUCGAACUCGGUCGUCAAGGGCCUGCGCUUCGUUCAGAGCCAGAUGUGGACAAUGAACAUCAUGUACUCGGAGAACCUGCUGUUUGAAGAUAUUUACGUCAACAGUACUUCGGCUACCGACAAUAAUUCUCUCAACACCGAUGGCGCAGACACCAUGUAUUCGGACAACAUCGUGUUUCGUCGUUGGGUCGUUGUGAAUGGUGAUGAUGCCAUCGCAGUCAAAGCGAAUUCCAGCAACAUUUUCAUAUACGAUAGCGAGUUCUUUGGCAGCACCGGCAUCGCCAUGGGCUCCAUCGGCCAGUUCUUGGGUCAGUUUGAGUAUAUCGAGAACUUUUUAGCAAGAAACGUAACGCUGCACGAUACUCUUCGCGGCUGUUACUUCAAGACCUGGACCGGUGUUCAGAUCGGAUACCCACCGAACGGUGGCGGCGGCGGCGUUGGCUAUGCUCGUAACAUAGUCCUGGACGACAUCAAACUUGAUCGUGUACGUGGAGAACCGUUGUUCAUCACGCAGUGCGAGUCCUUUUCCGGCCAUGCGGGCGAGUCGUGCGACUCAUCAACCUUCAAGAUAUCGGAUGUUGUCUGGAAGGACUUUAGCGGAACCAUCAACGACGACGUACGAAGCUCGGGCUUCUUCCGCUGCAGCGGUGCGGCUGGUGGAUGCAGCAAUUUGACAGUCGAGAAUUUUAGCGUCACGCCGGUCUCCCAAGAUGGCGUCCUAGACAAAUGGCUUUGCAAGAACGUCGACGGCGAUGAAGGAUUCGACUGCACAGAGAUUGAAGAGAAUGUCGAAGAACUCUGA